CAUAAUUAAGCUUGCACCACCAUUCUUUAAUUAGCUAGCCAGCUCCCCAUUGACCUGCCAUUGGUUUUUAGUCCGUUUCUCAUUUCUAUAUGUUGUUUUUCCAAAAGCUACGAACACUCCAUGUGCAUCGUCUUCACAACCCCUUGCUGCUUGUUACUGUUCUGCCACUACAGAAUCUUCUUUUAUCUAUUUUUAGAGAGAGAGAGAGAGGCGUGCACUCUAAUCAUGGACCUUCUUCUGCCACUUCAUCAUGUGCUUCAAUCACCCUCUCCCCACUUCCACCAUUAUUUUACAAUCUUCACCUUACCUUCGUAAUCAUUUCUUUUAAGGGAAAAAAAAUUGUGGAUUGCUAACAUUCAAAUUUCAACAAUGCUGCUAUACCUCACUUUUCAAACAACUUCGCAUCAAUUCAUUUUUGCGUGUAUAUAUCAUCAUCUGCCUUUCUCCACCUCUUAGUUUGAUUCUUUCAAUUACCAAAAAAAGGAACUACAUCAAAAUUUGGAAACCUUGCAAAUGAAAAGCAGCCCUGCAGCUUGCGGCCAGCAAUCUUGGUCCAUCAGCGACGACUCACUAAGAAGAUACGUCCAAUAUGCAAGCGAAAGCUGCAUACAGGAGUUGUUAAUGUCGGCUUCGGUCUCGGUUUCACCAGCUUCAGAGACGGACAAGUUGGGGAAUCGCAGUGAUGGAUGGAAGGUUCUGACCCUUGAAAACGGAGUGGAGAUAUCGAAGCGCAGGUCUGGAUCGCUUCACAUGUUCCGUAGCCGCUGGGUCCUCAGAUCUGUCUCGCCCCAGCAGUUCAUCACCGUCGCCAACGCCAUAGAUGCUGCCAAGCAAUGGGACAGUGAGCUUGUAGAAGGCAGAUAUAUUAAAGAUCUUGAAGAUAACUUGAGCAUUAUUCGUCUUAGGUUUGGAGACAACUCAAAGCCUUUGUUUAGAAAAAGAGAAUUCAUAGUGUACGAGCGACGUGAGACCAUGGAAGAUGGCACUCUGGUUGUAGCAGUGGCCUCACUGCCCAAGGAAAUUGCUGCAGGUUUGCUUCCACAGCAAAAUAAUGCAAUUAGAGGCUUUUUGCUGCAAUCAGGAUGGGUCGUCGAAAAGCUUGAAGAUAUAAACUCCUGUAUUGUUACUUACGUUGUUCAGUUGGAUCCUGCAGGAUGGCUUCCCAAGUGGUUUGUGAAUCGGCUUAACACCAAGCUAGUUAUGAUCAUUGAAGACCUUAGGAAAUUGGUUCAAACCACUGCACCACAUUGAUCCUAUAGCUAGUGGUGGAAAGAAAGAACAGAGUGCUAUUAUUAUAUAUGAUGCCGAUUAUAUAAUUUCAACUUGCUACUCUGUUAUGAUAUCUCAGUUUUACUUUCUAAUAUACUCAAAUUUACAUGAUAAAA